AUGAAGCUGGCAUUGAUCGCAUCGCUCUCCGUGGCCCUUUGGCUACUCAGCCUCAGCUCAGGUGCAACGGCCGAUUGCUGCAGACCAUCAAAGAUUCUGUACAAGUUGGCCAACAAUGGCAAGGAACACAAUUGUCAGACAUAUGGUGGCAAAUAUCACAACAAAGAGACGUGCGAGAAGAAGGUCUGCGGCAACGGGGACGGCAUUGUGGGCACCUGGUGCGGCCGUGGCAAAUGCAAUCCCAGAGGCUGCCACUGCCGAAAUGGAUGCCUGCCCGGCGAGGCGACCGCCAGUUUUCGUGAGAAGCAUGGUUAUUUCAAUUUCGAAUAUGUGGGCUAUGCUUAA